UCCUCCCUUCAAAGCAAAUCACAUAUCCUCUCUCUCUCUCUCUCUCUCUUUCUCUCUCUAUAUAUUCAAUUCCUUCAAUCCCUCUCUCUCUCUCUCCGUGUAUCGGUCCGUCGUCUGUCUGCGGGCCUAGGAACCAUCGAGGAGUACCGGAAGGAUUCCAUUUCGCCGUUGCUCGGCUGCUGCUUCUCCAUUUCUUUGGGUUUGAGCAUCGGGGGGAGAGAAGAAACAUGGGAAGCCCCAAGAAGAACCAGAACAAGGGCUUCUUUGCCGCCAUGACCUCCGGCAUCUCCAUGUUCGGCAACGCCAUCCACAGAUCCGUCAACGGCUUGCUUGGUUAUGAGGGACUAGAAGUCAUAAAUCCUGAGGGAGGUAAAGAAGAUGCGGAGGAGGAAGCUCAUAAGGGAAGAUGGAGGCAGGAGGACCGAGACAGUUACUGGAAGAUGAUGCAAAAAUAUAUUGGUUCAGAUGUCACAUCGAUGGUGACACUUCCUGUUCUCAUUUUUGAGCCAAUGACUAUGAUUCAGAAAAUGGCAGAGUUGAUGGAAUAUUCUCACUUAUUGGAUAAGGCAGAUGAAUGUGAGGAUCCCUACAUGCGAUUGGUCUAUGCAACUUCAUGGGCCAUAUCAGUCUAUUAUGCCUAUCAGAGAACCUGGAAGCCAUUCAAUCCUAUUCUUGGCGAGACCUACGAGCUGACGAAUCAUGGUGGUAUUACAUUUAUCUCGGAGCAGGUGAGUCAUCAUCCUCCUAUGAGUGCUGGGCAUGCAGAAAAUGAGCAUUUCGCUUAUGAUGUGACAUCAAAGUUGAAAACAAAAUUCUUAGGGAACUCUCUUGACGUUUACCCUGUAGGAAGAACACGCGUGACUCUCAAACGCGAUGGUGUGGUUCUAGAUUUAGUUCCCCCUCCCACUAAGGUAAACAACCUGAUCUUCGGAAGGACUUGGGUCGAUUCACCUGGGGAGAUGAUCAUGACAAACUUGGCUACGGGAGACAAAGCUGUACUGUACUUUCAACCAUGUGGCUGGUUUGGAGCCGGUCGUUAUGAGGUGGAUGGAUAUGUUUAUAAUGCAGCUGAAGAGCCAAAGAUAUUGAUGACAGGGAAGUGGAAUGAAUCAAUGAGUUACCAACCAUGUGAUAUGGAAGGGGAGCCCCUUCCGGGUACAGAGCUAAAAGAGGUCUGGCAUGUUGCCCCGGUGCCAGAAAAUGACAAAUUUCAGUACACCUAUUUCGCACACAAGUUGAACAGCUUAGAGACUGCUCCGAAGAAGCUAUUGGCAUCAGAUUCUCGGCUUCGUCCCGAUAGAUAUGCACUUGAGAAGGGUGAUAUAUCGAAGGCUGGUGCCGAGAAGAGCAGUUUGGAGGAGAGGCAAAGAGCAGAAAAGAGAAACCGGGAGGCCCAGGGCCAUAAUUUCGCACCUAGAUGGUUUGAUUUAACCGAUGAGGUCACCCCUACGCCCUGGGGAGACUUGGAAGUGUACCAGUACAAUGGGAAAUACUCCGAACACCGGGCUGCUGUGGAUAGCUCUGACAGCAUCGACGAGACUGAUGUCAGAUCUGUUGACUUCAACCCAUGGCAAUACGGUAAUCUCUCCACGGAAUGAGAGGACGUGCCCGGUUGUUGAUGUUUUCUGGCUUUCUGCUGGCUGCUAUUUCGAUCUUUGGGUUUGGAACUUUGGUGUGAAAUCUUACGUUUUUCCUAGAUUGCCUCGAUAAGAUUAUAUUUACAGUAGAUUUUUCAUUUGUUAAAUCUCAUUUUGGAUAUUAUUUUCUCUUGUAUCACCAAACUGCAUGUCGUGCUAGCGCGAUGUCAGAACCAAAGAUAUAUUUCUGUGUAGUGAAGGAAGUUCAUACAAAUGCUUUCCUCCUCA